AUGUCACUACGAAAGGUGUGCAAAAGCGUGUCACAGGCAUUGCCUGCAACAGUAGCUUGGUCAUUAAUAAUUGUUUGCACGGGAUGCUUUUUCUAUCUACUCGCACCAGCAAUAAUUUUACAAUUCUCGGUAUGGGGCUAUGUUAUGUGUGCUCUCGACGCUGUUCUGUUCCUCUUUGUUAUGUCCAAUCUGUUUAUGGCAACCACUAUGGAUCCUGGAGUUCAUCCUGUUGCAAGUGCUGCAGAAGAAACGCAGUUGGAUGACUUUCGUUCACCACUUUACAAAAACGUGGAAAUCAACGGUAUCACAGUCCGUAUGAAAUGGUGUGUUACAUGUAAAUUCUAUCGGCCACCGAGAGCAUCACAUUGCUCCGUCUGCAAUCGGCAAGUGCAUAGAUGCUUUCGACCAUCACUGUCCAUGGGUACACAACUGCGUUGGUCGACGCAAUUAUCGACAGAUUUGCUAACAAGGCCAAAUAUGUGUUCAAUUGUUUUGAUGGCACUCUGUGUGUUAUUGGCGGUACCUGUUGUUGGCUUAACGGGUUUCCAUGUUGUUUUAGUUGUUCGUGGCCGCACAACCAAUGAACAGGUAACGGGGAAAUUUCGAUCAGGAUACAAUCCAUUUACAAUUGGUUGUUGGGGUAAUGUUCGCCAUACUUUAUGUGCAAGUCAAUAUCCUUCCUUCGAGACAGUGUUAGCAAAGAAAGGUCGAAAAGGUGGAAAAGGUUCUAAAAAUGGAAUGCCAUCUGUGAUAUAUGUUCCUGACAAAAAUUCUUUCUCCAAAGGAGGUGGACUUAUCAGAAUGCGACAAGUACCAGAAGAUGACCAGUCUGUAGGUACUGCACUUUCACUAGGUCAUUCAUUUCACAAUUUCCCUGAAAAAGGAUCAAAGUGUAAUUUAUUUGACGAGCAGGACACCAAAACUUUGCGCCGGCAAAGCGCUAUAUAUCAUGCGGCCGUGGAGGAAUCGAUGCGUUCAGCGCACAGUAAAAUAAUUAUGCAGUCCAGCGCGAACGACAGUAGAACGUCCCCAGUGGCCAUUAAUGAUAAUGAAUCAGUUCCAUCGCCGAGUACUCUAAGUAACUUCGAAAUGAUUCGUUCGGAAAGUGUACUUGCUAAUAUUAACACAGAUCCCGCCUGUGGUUUUCGUUUUGUCGAGAAUGGUGGACAACUGGUUGAUAAGUCGAGACCUCUAAAGUUCACUGAUGCAGUGCGUAUUCAUGAAAGUCUCAGUGCACACAAUGUAAAUUCAUAA